ACUGCGCCUCUGACAGCUCCUCCUCACGCGCGCGCUCUCUCUCUUGUUGCGCUUUCCACAUUUUUGCUCUCUAAAACAUUUUCACCGGAUCCCUCACGCACUCCAGGUCACAAGCGCUGGGACCAAGCAUAUAACCGCAUCCGUCUCCUGGUCACAGAAGAGAUCUGAGAGAAGAAAGGAAUUCAUAUAGGUUUGGAACAACAGGAGGAUUGUUGUUCACAUUUGACCCAAGAUGUCGCUGAAAGUCCAGACGAGCAACAUUACCAACAAAAAUGACCCCAAAUCUAUCAACUCACGAGUGUUUAUCGGCAACCUGAACACAGCGGUGGUGAAGAAGAGCGACGUUGAGACGAUCUUCUCCAAAUACGGCCGUGUGUUGGGCUGCUCGGUUCACAAAGGCUAUGCCUUCGUUCAGUACGCUAAUGAGAGACACGCUCGUGGAGCCGUCAUUGGAGAAAAUGGACGUGUACUUGCUGGACAGACCCUCGACAUUAACAUGGCAGGUGAACCCAAACCCAACAGGCCUAAAGGACUAAAGAGAACCGCGGCAGCGUUAUACAGUGGUUAUGAAUUUGACUAUGAUUACUACAGAGAUGACUUCUAUGACAGGUUGUUUGAGUAUCGAGGCAGAGUAUCUCCGGUGCCCAGAGCGGUUCCUGUAAAGCGCCCCCGUGUGGCAGUGCCGGUCGUCCGCAGGGUGAAGUCCUUACCUGUCAAACUCCUGACCAGAUCCACCAUCCUUCCCAACAGCUCUGUCAAACACAAGUUGAAAUCAACCGAGCUGCAGGCUAUUAAAUCAGAACUGACGCAGAUCAAGUCCAACAUCGACGCGCUGCUGGGACGUCUCGACCAGAUCACAGAGGACAAAUACUGUGCCACAGAGUUGCAGAAGGCAGAGGACAUGCAGAGCGAACGGUCUCAGGACGAGUCGGGCUCAGAGUCUGAGGAACUGCAGCACAGUGAUGUGGAGGACGGAGAGGAGCUCACACACGAGGACUGCGACGAAGACAUGGAAAACAAUCACAUAUCUGAAAUGGAUUCCAUUCUUCAAUAAAAGCAGGGAGUUGGAAAACACUGUCGACUGGAAACUUUUUUUAAUACCACAGACUCAACAGGAAGACACCGAAUCCAACAGACGCCGUCAAACUCCAGCAUCAACCGUCAAUGACACAGACAGCUAAACUAGCCGCUUGGUGGGAGGGAGGAGAGGGACGUCCCCAAACCAAGAAUCCAUUACAAAAAGGGCCAGAGUUCCUAAGAGCAACACCAUCACACACGCGACAACAGAUGGGGAUCAAUUUCACAGACAUUCUGCAUUCAUGCUCCCCACAAAACACUAUUAACAUGCAGUUUUUCUACACAUUUGGGCGCCUCAUAUGUAAAUAGCCUCAUCUGAUUUCUGUCCUUCCUUCAUGUCUGUUUGUGCUUUUGGAAAAAUGUUUUACAUUUUAUUUAUAUGCCACUCGGAAUCCAAAAGGUUGGCUAUUUUUAAUUACAUGUGCAUUUUUCGUCUGCUUGCACUUUCAAGACUGCAAGAGAUAUUUACAGAUGUAAAUAAACUAUGAUGACUUGUGA